AUGAAGGGUCUUGUGCUUCUCGGCCUUGCCGUGGUGGCGCUCGCCGCCGGUGCAGGCGUCGCCCAGCCGGUGGUGCCGGCGGUGUUCGUGCUGGGGGACUCGACGCUGGACGUGGGGAACAACAACUACCUGCCCGGGGAGGACGUACCCAGGGCCAACGUGCCUUUCUAUGGCAUCGAUUUCCCCAGCGGCGCGAAGCCCACCGGAAGGUUCAGCAACGGCUACAACAUCGCGGACUACAUCGCUAAGAAUCUGGGGUUCGAGAGAAGCCCUUUGGCCUAUCUGGUGCUCAAAUCGCGCAAUUACCUCAUCCCUAGCGCUCUGACAAGAGGCGUAAGCUACGCUUCGGCUGGAGCUGGGAUCCUAGACUCAACGAAUGCGGGGAACAACAUUCCGCUGUCAAAGCAGGUGCUCUACUUUGCGUCAACCAAGGCGGAGAUGGAGGCUGCUUGGGGAACCCGCAAGGUCUCCAUGCUCCUAGCCAAGUCUUUCUUCCUCCUUGGCAUUGGCAGCAACGAUCUAUUCCAAACCAACCCAAAGUCCCCAGCUGAAGUCGCCGCGCUCUAUGCCACCCUCGUCUCCAACUACUCUACUGCCAUCACUGAUCUGUAUGGGUUGGGGGCGAGGAAGUUUGGGAUCAUCAACGUGGGCCCAGUGGGGUGCGUGCCGCGGGUGCGUAUACUGAAUGUGACAGGGGCGUGCAACGACGCCCUGAACCUCUAUGCUGCUGGUUUGGCCGCCGCCGUGAAGUCGGCGCUCACCACCCUCGCGCCAAAGCUCCCCGGUUUCGCCUACUCCCUUGCCGACUCCUUUGCCGCCUCACAGGCCAUCUUCUCCAACCCGCAGUCAGUCGGGUUCAUGAGCUCGGACAGUGCGUGCUGCGGGAGCGGAAGGCUAGGCGCAGAGGGCCCAUGCAUCAAGAAUGCCACGUUGUGCGGCAACCGAGACACGUACUUUUUUUGGGACUCAGUCCACUCCACCCAGCGGGCUGCAGAGCUAGGGGCCGAUGGAGUGUUCAAUGGCCCGGACCAGCUUACCACGCCCAUCAGCUUCAAGCAGUUAGCCUACAAUAUAUAA